GCCGGGGCGGAAUAGGAGGACCUGAAGGCGUCUUCUUUUUCUUCUUCUUCUCGUCUCUACAGCUGCAACAUUUUCCACACCAAACAAAAAGAUAUGAUUUAAAGAAAGCUGCCAAACCCGGCAGAGGAGACAGAAGUAAGCUCCGCCCGAAGCCGCCCCGGUGAGGAGGACAAACGAACCCCAGUGGAUUUCUUUCUUACAUUAGACACAUAAAGCUCAUUAUUAUUUCCUCCUGCCGCUCAUACAAUGUUCCUGAACGCACCUCAGCUGUUUUUAUGACGCUGUCCUGCAAACAGCUGCAGCAUUUCAAUGCAGAGUGACACAGAUCUCUGGAGCUGUGCAGAACAAUGAGCAUGGAGCACAAGUAGCCUCAUAUACAGUCAGAGACACACACACACACACAGGCUGCAGAAAGCUUCUCUCAGGGCGGAGGGAGGUGGAUGUUCUGCUGGAGAAACAUUGGAACAAAGGUCCCUGCUUCUGCCCCAGUGAGAGAGUCUCCAUGGAGGCGACCUCUUCCCUUGGUCUGAAGCGCAGAUAUGAGGAGGUGGACGCCGGCUCCCCGUUCUCCACGCCUAAAGACUCCGAUGAAGACGUGUCCAGCAGCGACAGCGCCGACAGCUGCGACAGUCUCAACCCCCCCUGCAGCGCCCCGUACACCCCAGCCUCUAUCCUCCGGCAGCAGCGGGUGUCUGCGGGGGGGAAACGGGUGAGGUUCGACGCGGUGACGGUGUAUUACUUCCCGCGGCGGCAGGGCUUCACCAGCGUGCCCAGCCAGGGGGGGAGUUCUCUGGGGAUGGCGAGGCACCACUCCUCCAUCAGGAGCUUCACCCUGGGGGAGUUCGCCCGAGAGAGGGAGAGCAGCCACCGCCUCACCCUGCAGCAGCACCUCCGCCACGAGAAGCUGCAGCAGCGCAAGAUGAAGCUGACGAGGAACGGCACGGUGGAGUGCGCUCAGGCCGACCUGCUGACGCUGGACGACGUGUCGGACGAGGACCUGGACGUGGACGGGGUGGAGGUUGACGACUGCUUCUUCCUGCAGCCGCUGCCCACCAAGCGGCGCCGCGCCCUGCUGCGCGCCUCCGGCAUUGCACGCAUCGACGCUCGCGAAAAGGCGGAGCUGCGCACCAUCCGCCUCUCCAGGGAGGAGUGCGGCUGCGACUGCCGCAUGUACUGCGACCCGAGGCACUGCGGCUGCAGCCAGGCCGGCAUCAAGUGCCAGGUGGACCGCAUGGCGUUCCCGUGCGGCUGCUCCCGGGAAGGUUGUGGGAACGCCGCCGGACGCAUCGAGUUCAACCCCCUGCGGGUCCGGACCCACUACCUGCACACCGUCAUGAAGCUGGACCUGGAGAAGAGGAGGCUGCAGUACAACGAGUCCGACCAUAUGUCCUCCCCCUCCUCCUCCCCCACCCUCUCCCCCGGCGGCCUGGACUCGGAACUGGAGGAAAGCGAGGCGCCGCCGCCGGAGGUCCAGGAUCUCCUGGAGGAGCAAGACCUGCUGGAGCGGGAAAAUGAGACGGCAGUGCUGCACCUGCAGAGCGCCGAGGAGCAGGAGAGGAGGGAGCGUGAGGGGGAGGAGCUAGGGCAGGAGGGUCUCACGGGCGAUGUGGGCCUCACGGGCGAUGUGGGCCUCACGGGCGAGGUCCUCCUCCAGGGGCCCUUCCCCACAGGGACCACGGUGCUCUGCAUCACUGACAACCAGGAGGAGAGCCCCUCGCAGCUCCUCAAAGACUCCCCCUCCUCCCUGAUGUACUACCAGCUCAGCCCCAUCGAGGCGGGGGCCUUCGAGCCCGGGGGGGAGGAGGGUGAGGAGGUGAGGGAUCAAGGGGGGGAGAAGGAAAGGAGCUGCAGGGUGAGUGUAGGGAAGAUGCAGCACCUCCCUGAGGGGGGGCAGUGCCGGGGGGAGGCGUGCAUGGAGGGGGGAGUUAAUCCUCUCCCGCCUGAAGUUUAGCUGCCCCUCCUCUGCAGAUAUUUUGCACAAAAGCGAUGAAAAAAAAAUAUUACAUGUUUAUUAUCAUGGAGUUAUUACAGGAGGCAAUAGAGAGGUGCAGGAAUGAGUCCUCAACCCGGACAUGAGUCAGCACUUCCUGUUCCCUGGUCUGGAAUUCAAUGGUUUUUUCUGAAUGUGUUUUUGGUGGCUAUCCUGAAAUAAGGUCUGUGGUUAACUCAAGCUGAAGAGAGUUUUGUGUCUAAAUGAGACGACUAAACGCCAUCACGCCCAACGUUAGCCGCCUUUAGCUUAGCAGUGGAGAUGUGAAGUCAUGUGAAGUCAUGUGACCGUGCUGAAGUUUCCACAGAGAUUAUUUCCUGCAAUAAUCCAAAACCACAGAGAAAUACCAUUGUCUUCCUGUGAAGGACACCAGGGAGAUGCUGCCUUCAGUGUAUGUCGAGGGGGGGUGCUAAGAGCACAUACAGAUCACUCCCCAGGAGUUAAGUGGAUGCAGUUAAAAGGUGUGUAAUUCUGUUGGGGGUGUAAAUGUGGCCUUAAUGGAAAAACAUAGAACCCUUGUGUGUGUAGGAGUGGAUGAAAAGCUCGUCGUGUUCAUUUCCAGCAACAGAAAAAACACGCUGACGUUAGCCUUUAGUUUGGUGGUGUGUAAAGUUAUAUUAUCAACACUAAACACAGAUAGUUUUUAUCGUGCGUUCACUUUUAUGGAAGUAAAUCUGUUCCGUCUGGUUUUGAAAUGGGAGAAGUCACUGUAUUUAUAGCACAGAGUAAUUAUGCAUCUGAAUUGUUGGGCUCUGGAUUUAAUUGGUCAAUGGUUUUAAAAGUUCUGUAUAAAUAUUCAAGUUGCUUAAAUUUGAUUGGCCAAAUUUGGUUGAAGAAAACUCAUGUAUAAAAUUCUGGUUAAACAUCCAGGGACCCAAGAAAAGCAAUCAAUUUCAGAUAUAAUCCAAACGCUACACGUCAUAUUUUUGCAAUUGAAUUGGGCCAAUCAAAUUUGAAUAACUUUAAUACAUAGAGAAUUUUUGAGUUGAUUCUGAAUUCAUAGGCAUUGAAAUUAGGCAUCAACUCAAUGCAUACUUAUUUGCUUCUAUAGAUUCAAUGGCCUUUUUAGGUUAAAAAUCAGAUGUACUUCCAUACCCUUUCCGUUACGGCUAACCUCGUGCUGUAGUCAAGCCAAAUGAAGGCCUCCUCCGCUGAGAAAAAAAAAGACCUAAUAAUCCUGGAAAUACUUGUUUUAUUCGUGUACUGUAUGCAUUUUGCAAGACGGAGCCGAGGUUGCUGCUUCUUUUUGUUUUCGAUGUGUGUGUGAGUGUGUGAUGAAGGUGGAAGCAGCAGACGGGCCUUAGCUGCUGCUCCUGCUAACACGGAGGAUUUAUUAACAAAAAGAAGAGAGCUAGUUUACUUAGUGUAGUUAAAAUGCCUAUGAUAUUACUUCUUAUUCCUUUUGGGUAACGUGUCUUUUGUGCAUUAGAUAAUGUUGGGGUUUGUUUUGGAGUGAAAGGCUGGAAGUAAAUCUCGUCCAUCUGAUUCUGAAAUUAAAAAGCCAUUGAAUUUAGUGCAGCCGAUAAUUAUUCGUUGAAUUAAUGCCUUAUUUAAAUGUUUACGAAUUCAGAAAUCAAAAGUUAACAUUAUUAUUUUUUGCUCAAAUUUGAUUGGCCAAAUUCUGUUGCAAAAUACAAUGUAUAAAAUCAGAUUAUAUCUAAAAUCGAUUGCUUUUCCUUGGGUUCCUAGAUGGUGAAUCUGAAUGUUAUACCUGAUAUUUUUGCAACUGAAUUUGGACAAUCAAAUUUGAGCAACUUUCAUAUUUAAAUAGAAUUUUAACCAAUAAAAUUCAGAGCCAAAAAAAUCCAUUGCAUAAUUACCCGGUGCUAUAAAUCUGAAGGCGUUUUUAUUUAAAAAUCAGACCAGAUUAACUUCCAUAGUUUCUUUAAUGUGAUGAUAACACGCAUAUGAAGAGAAGAGCAUUUAAAGAGUUACUAAUUUAUGAAACAGAUUGAUAACAACCUGAAUUUGUAUAUUUUAUGUUUACUCUGUACAGUGUGUGUGUGUGUGUGUGUGUGUGUGUGUGUGUGUGUGUGUGUGUGUGUGUGUGUGUGUGUGUGUGUGUGUGUGUGUGUGUGUGUGUGUGUGAGAGGGAAAGUUGUGUGUGCAUGUAAAGUACUGUAUUAUGAAUAGGGGGAUAUAUUAAUGAGGAUACGUGUUUUAUUCCUGAAAGGUGCUUACGUUACACAUCCACUGUUUGUCCUCCCAUGAGAAACGUGGAGAUAUUUCUCGCUGAAUGAGAGAAGAGAAACGCAAUAGCUGCUGAACUGCUAAUCACUAACGAGUAUGUAACCCUAAAACAUUUCCUGUUUUUAAAUGUCUCUUUUUUUUAAUCUAAAUGUGCCGACUCCUCUCACACAAUGUUUAGUUUUGUUGCCUAAAAGAUGAACUCCGCCCACAGGAAGAUGUCUGAUUAUCUGCCUUUUUGUUUUGUAAUUGUCUUGGUAAGAGUGGUGCAGGAAUGAGUCCUAAACCCGGAAAUGUUGAGGCUCCCUCGUCUCAAGGUCAACGUUUUUGAUCCAGUUUGUGGUUUAUAUGCCUUUAAAUAAGAUCUGUGGUUAACAAAAGCUGAAGAGACUUAAGCGUGUUGUUCUUAAUAAACUUAAAGACGCACUUAAUACCCCAAA